AUGAGUUAUGAUCAUCAGAUGAUUGAAGAUCACAUUGUGGAUUUCUUCUCUAAUCUCUUUAAUGCGCCUGAUUCUGAUGUGGGAGAUAUCACGGCGAUAGAGGCGGUUAUAGAUCAUAUGGUCUCUGAUGAUCAAAAUUUGAUGCUUGUUAGAAUUCCUGACGAGGAGGAAAUUACUGCGGCUGUUUUUGACGUUGAUACAAAUAGCGCUGCAGGGCCUGACGGCUUUACUGGCAAAUUUUUUCACGUUUGCUGGCAAACUAUUAAGGUCGACAUCUGGAAAGCUGCUCGCACUUUCUUCACGCGUUCUUACCUGCCGAAUGGUUGUAAUUCUAACACUCUCAUCAUGAUUCCAAAGAAAGAGGACGUGACCUCGGUAACUGAUCUCCGUCCAAUUAUAUUGUCGAAUUUUUUCUUCAAGAUCAUUUCCAAAAUUCUUGCCAGGAGACUCAAUAUCGUUGCUGAAAAUUGCUCGAGAGGAGUCAGACAGGGUGAUCUCCUCUCCCCCAUAUUAUUUGGGAUUGCAGAGGAUGUUCUCAGCGCUUUAUUCCACAACUGUGUUUCUUCUGAUCAUUUGCAUCCCAUGAGAUACAAUCGACGGCAGAGCUUCCCCACUCAUCUGCUCUAUGUUGAUGACAUUUUAGUUUUCUGCAAGGCUUCUGUGCAGAACGCUAAGACACUGAAGAAAAUCCUGGAUUUCUAUAGUUCCAUAUCUGGGCAACAAGUUUCGUUGGCCAAAUCUCAUGUUUUCUAUGCGAAUAAAGUGGAUAUAAGGCUUCAGAGGAAAAUUAAUCGUCAACUUGGUUUUGCUGUUGGCACGAUGCCUUUCACCUAUCUUGGGGUUCCUAUCUUUGUUGGUAGAACCAAAGCUUCGUACUUAAGAGCGAUUCAUGAUCGCAUUGCGGCCAAAUUUUCAAGAUGGAAAGGUUUGCAACUUUCUAUGGCUGGAAGGUUGUGCCUCAUCAAAUCUGUUAUUCAGAGCUCGGCAACUCAUUAUAUGCUUGUUUACAGAUGGCCAAGAUCGCUUAUUCACAAUCUUGAUAAGCUUUGCAGGAACUUCCUUUGGUCAGGUGAUGUUAAUAAACGGGGCAGCUGUCCUGUUAACUGGGAAAGAGUUUGUUCCAUCAAAGAGGAAGGCGGGCUUGGUUUAAAGUCUUUUGCUUUGAUGAAUAAGUGCUAUCUUAUGAAAAUGGCGUGGAACAUCAUACGGGGCAAGGAUUUUGGUUACUCGUUACUCAAGGCGCGUUACCUGGAUAAUUUCUCUCACGCUCGACCAAAUGUCAGCUCCUCUAUUUGGCUUGGAAUUCACGAUGAGAUUUUAUCCCUUGUGGAGGACUCGUACAGCUUUAUUGGAAAUGGGGAAAGCACCAAUUUUUGGAAAGAUGAUUGGAUUGGCUAUAAACUUGCUAACAGGUGCGCCGUUCCUUUUCUCCUCCUGGAAUCGCUCAAUUUCACUGUGGCUGAUUAUUUUUAUGACGGUGUCUGGCACUUCACCCAGAAUUUCGUCAACAAAUUUCCUGAAGUCGUCUGCGAUAUUCUUCUUCUGCCAAUUGGGACGGAUUCGGACACUAGGUUUUGGAAGAAUUCGGUUCAUGGUCAAGUUACCUCUGCUCUUGCCUUUGCGAAUAACUGUCACCGAUUUCCAUAA